UUGUCCCCGCUCCUUGCGCGGCCCCAGGGCUGCGGGCUCGGCGAUGCCGGUGCCGGGCUCGGAGGGGGAGGAGGGUCCGACCGGGGAGCAGCCCGGUCCCGGCGCCAGCCCCGGUCCCGGUCCCCCCAAACUCUGCGGGUACCUGCAGAAGCUGUCGGGCAAGGGGCCUCUGCGCGGCUUCCGCAGCCGCUGGUUCGUGUUCGACCCCCGCCGCUGCUACCUCUACUACUUCAAGGGGCCGCAGGAGCCGCUGCCCCUCGGGCACCUGGACAUCGCCUCCGCCUGCUUCAGCUACCACCAGCCCGAGGCCGGAGCGGGGGACGAGCCCGUCGCCUUCGAGGUGCACGGCCCCGGCGGCGCCGUCACCGUGCUCAAGGCUGCCACUCGGCAGGACAUGACCUACUGGCUGCAGGAGCUGCAGCAGAAGAGGUGGGAGUACUGCAACAACCUGGACGCAGCCCAGCGGGACAGCCGCACCUCCCCUACGCCCAGCGACUUCUCCAAAGGCCUUGUUGCCAAAGACAGCCCCGAUGUGAGUAUCCUAAGUCAAAAUGCUUCAGCAGAGAGAGCUAGAAAUAUUCUAGCUGUGGAAACUUCUCCUACAGACCUGGUGGGGGAACAAGCAGCCUCCCAGCCUGCACCAGUCCAAACAAGUGCCAUCAAUUUCUCACUGAAGCAAUGGAGUGCUGAGAUCAAAAACUCCAUGUCCUCCUUGAGAAAAGGAAGUAGCGAAAAUCGCAAGAGUGUGUUUUAUACCACUGAGGAGUGGGAACUUCUGGACCCAACCCCAAAGGACUUGGAAGACUCAAUGGCUCUGGAAGAAAAGAGGAAACACCUUGCAGAAGGAAAUAAAGGACUGGCUAGUUCAGCUUUUCCAUUUGAUUUGGGCCGCAUUCCACACAAAGCAAGGCGCCCCUUGAAGGAGAUGAUUGGGUCGAGCAAGAACCGCACCAGCAGUGACUCCUCCCCAACAGAGUGCUGCUCUGGCACUGGCAGCAGGCUGGUCUCUGAGCUGCAGCUCAAGUAUCAAAGCCAGCAGGAAGAGUUGGAGAAGCUAAAGAAAGAGCUUUUGAGCCAAAAGGAGCUGGUUCGACUUCUGCAGCAAACAGUGCGAUCUUCCCAAUAUGAUAAAUAUUUCACCAGCCACCUUUGUGAGGGGGUUCCCAAGGACACUCUAGAGCUGUUGCACCAAAAAGAUGACCAGAUUUUGGGCCUCAACAAUCAGCUUGAAAAGUUGAAUCUGGAAAAAGACAGUCUGCAGCAGGAAGUCAGGAAUCUGAAGUGUAAAGUUGGAGAGCUCAAUGAGCGGCUGGGAAUGCUGAUGGAAACUAUUCAAGCUAAAGAUGAAGUAAUCAUGAAACUCUCUCGUCAGCUCAGUGAAUGUGAGGACAGCACAGCCUCUCAAAGUGGGGCAAUGAAUUCCCCCACAGCCCCCUGUACUAGCAAGGAGCUGCAGGAACUGGACAGACUAAAAGACAAUCUUCAGGGUUAUAAGACCCAGAAUAAAUUUUUAAAUAAGGAGAUUUUGGAACUUUCCGCUCUACGAAGAAAUGCAGAAGCAAGAGAGAGAGAAUGGCAGGCAAAGUAUACCAGCUUAGAAGCCAAACUCUGCCAGAUUGAAAGUAAAUACUUGAUCUUGCUUCAAGAAAUGAAAACUCCUGUUUGUUCUGAGGAUCAGAGUCCUGCUCGUGAGGUCAUCACACAGUUACUGGAAGAUGCCUUGAAAGCAGAGCCUAGUGAACAACCAGAACAAGCAUUUUUCAAACCCCACCUUGUCAGUGAAUAUGAUAUCUAUGGCUUUCAGACCGUCCCAGAGGAUGAUGAUGAGGAGAAACUAGUAGCAAAAUCACGAGCUUUGGACUUGAGGUCACUCUCACUCAGUGAGAAUCGAGAGAUCUCCACAGGAGUGAAGUGGGAGAACUACCUGGCAAGCACAAUGAACAGAGAGAUGAUGCGCUGUGUGGAGCUGAAGAACCUCAUCCGCUCUGGAAUUCCUCAUGAGCACCGCUCCAAGGUGUGGAGGUGGUGUGUCAACCAACACGUGAAAAAGUUCAAGGACAGUGCCAUUCCUGGCUACUUCCAAACCUUGCUUCAGAAAGCUCUGGAAAAACCAAACCCUGCAUCUAAGCAGAUCGAGCUGGAUCUCUUGAGGACUUUGCCAAACAACAAACAUUACUCAUCCCCAACAUCCGAGGGGAUCCAGAAGCUGCGAAAUGUGCUGCUGGCAUUUUCCUGGAGAAAUCCCGAUAUAGGGUAUUGCCAAGGGCUCAACAGGUUGGUAGCAAUUGCACUUCUAUACUUGGAACAGGAAGAUGCUUUUUGGUGUCUAGUAGCAAUAGUGGAAGUUUUCAUGCCUCGUGAUUAUUAUACUAAGACACUGCUGGGAUCCCAGGUUGAUCAGCGAGUGUUUAAGGAUUUAAUGAGUGAGAAGCUUCCACGACUGCAUGCUCAUUUCGAACAAUAUAAAGUUGAUUAUACUCUCAUCACUUUCAACUGGUUUCUUGUGGUUUUUGUCGACAGUGUGGUUAGUGACAUCCUUUUCAAAAUCUGGGACUCUUUCCUCUAUGAGGGACCAAAGGUAAUAUUCCGGUUUGCCCUGGCACUGUUCAAAUACAAAGAAGAGGAAAUCUUGAAGCUGCAGGAUUCCAUGUCUAUUUUCAAGUACCUUCGCUAUUUCACACGCACCAUCCUUGAUGCCAGGAAACUGACUGCUAUUGCUUUUGGAGAGCUGAACCCUUUUCCCUUACGGCAGAUCAGGAACCGCAGGGCCUGGCACCUGGAGAAGGUGCGACUGGAGCUGACGGAGCUGGAGGCCAUCCGUGAGGACUUCCUGCGUGAGAGGGACACCUGUGUGGCGCAGGACAAGAGGGACCUGAUCAGUGAUGACGAGGAGGACAGCUGAGACUGCCUCUCGCACUGUUCUGUGGGAUCUGACCAAAGUGAGUUCACCUCCAAAACACCUUCUUCGUCCUGGCAAACACAAUGUAAACUCCUUGCUUUUGGAAAUAUGCAGGACACAUUUCCAAGUCCAAGCACUUUCAGAAAUACCACUUUGUAUGGAGACCAAACACUUCUGUUUACAUUUAUGUUCAUGGAAUCGUGUGUAGAGCACUUACAUCUGUCUCAGUCAGUCAGCUGAACUGACAGUUGUUUUCUCAAAGUGCACCACUAAUGCCUCGAUGUGAGACAAUAAUAAAAGUCCAUGCUCUGUUACGUUCAUUGCCAUUCUGUGUUUAGGGUUCUUGUGAUGUAAUCAUGUUUUUUGUAGUGCAAGCUCAAUGUGAGAGGAUGUCAUAUUUCUUGGAUUCAGGUUGGCUCAAUCUAGCCAUUCUUAAGGUCACUAACCAGAAAAGCAUGGCAUGAAGAUUCCUUUGUAUUUUCCUGAAGUGUCAUGCAAUGGAUCACCAAACAGAGCACUUGAAUAUAUGUACUCUAAAGUAAAGGUAAAGUAAGUACUUGUUUUUGUCACUGGCUGUUGAGUGUGUAUGGAGCAGUGAUAGCAAACAUCAUUUCUACUUUUCAGGGCAGCUGUGUUGAUAGAGUCUCAUUAAUGCAAAUGGUUUAUAGCUCAAACUCCCAUUUAUCAAUUCUGUUUGUAUUCACUUUUUUGAUUGCAAUGGUUCAAAAAGGCCACAACCAAAUUCCAGAUAUUAUGGAAGAAUGGAGCUUGUCACAGGAGUACCAUGCUUUAGAGCCAAUUUCUUGUGUAUCUGUUGAAAGUUUGUUUUGUUAUGGUUUUUUGGUUCUGUGAGGGUUUUGGUAGGGCUUUUUUGUUUUAUUUUUGGGAUUUUUUGUGGGUGGGUUUUUUUUUUUUCUUCUUCCUCUUUAGGACCUAAGGUGAAGUUUUGCCCUUUAAGAAGAAGCACAGCAUUCUUUCUGCAUGAUUGUAGAACUAUUGUACAAUAGUGGUAGUGACUGGGUUCAUAGUACAAAUAUUUACCAAUCAGUCAGAGGAACCUGAAGGUCACAACGUGCACAUGUGAGCUGAAGAUCCAACAGAAAAAUGCAAUAUUCUCCUAAUGUACUCAGCUUUACUGUGAGAGUUGGAUGCACUUCCUGCAGCACAGCUGUAGGAGCAACAUCUGGGCUGUUGGGCUAUAGUGUUCCUGCUGUGGUUCUGAGGAGGAGGGUUUGUUUCUUCCUGGCUCUUCUCUGGACUUUUGCGACGGUUUUUUCUUGGACUGCUGGAUCUUCAGAAUUUUGGAUUGACUAUAAUGUGUCAUGAUAAAACUAGGAUUCAACUAGGAUUCAAAUACCAGGCAGUGAAUCAUUGAGCUCUGGGGAAGUGGUGAAUUGGCAAAAACCAAAACUAAUCACUGGGAAGAGUCAAGUGCAUCAAGCUUGUAUUUCAUGUUUUGCUUUGGUUUUCUAGAAGUAGUAGUACUUCUUUGGGUAUAAUCAUGUAAUUGUUUUUGUCAACUUAAGUGUGUGCAGAGAGAAAUCCUGCUUCUGUUUCGCAGCACUUUUAAAAACAUUUUAUAUUAGGUAAUGUAGUUGUAGCCUUCUCCAAGUAAGCAUAUUAUAAGUUAGUUUAUAUGGAACUAUUUAAUCAGAGGUGAAGUUGUAACUUAGAGGAUUACUUUUGAUAUAAAAUUUGUGCUUCCUGUAUGACACAAUUUUUACCUAGCCAGCAAAUCCUUGCCAAUGUGGGACUGAUGGUGUGAUCAUCUUGAUUUAUAUGUUACUAGUCUUCUAAAAUGUCCCCUACCUAGUCUGGGGUAGGCAGUAGCUGGGAUUUUUUUCUAAUUCCCUAGUUACUUUUGGUUGUAUACUGGAGGGCAGGGUUUUGAUAUUAUUGCAUGUACUGUAUUCUUUUUCUACUUACAAUCAGUAUUUGAAUACAAAAAUGGGACCAAGUUUUCUACUUUUCUAGUUAUGCUGUCUUGGUUUUGAAAGAGCUGGUCUCUAAAUCAGUAUGUAAUAUAGGCUUUUUGUUUGUAUGUUUGUUUUAAUGUUGAUGUUAUGUGUUAAAUGAAUUUUUUUGUAAGGUGAAGAUCUUCCUUUCAGUGACCACAGGUGGAAUAGUAAGGUGAAGAGUUUAGAUACUUGUACCUACCCUAUUCCUACCAUCCAUUUUUCUUUGGCUUUGAGUCUUCACUAUGAACUAGUCCUAUGACUUCAGGAGAUGUUUUCAGACCAAUUCCAUUGAAGUGUUUGGGUUGUGAAGAUGAAACAGGAGCGUUUUUGUUGGAGUUGUGCUGAUGGUUCAGUUCGUGUGUGCAUGUGUUGCUGUGCUUCAUUCCAUGAAGUUGUUUCCAAUUGUACAGUAAAAUGAAGUAGCUCUGUUCUGCCAUGGGUGUGACUGUUUCCCGUGAAUGUUAGGAACCUUGUAGAAGUUGUGCUGUCUCUGGGUAUUUUGUCAGAUAUGAAAUGAGUUGAUGCUGUUCUGCUCAAGUUCCCUGCAAUCUAUUGGCUUCAUUUUGUUAGGCUUUGUUACUGAUUUAGUGAUGAGCUAAAAGGUCAAAAAAUGGCAGAGGCUUAUCACCUCUGGCCACUAGAAGUCUCUGUGGAACAAAAAUAAGAUGCCUAUAGCAGGAAGUAACAUCAGGGGAGCUUGCCUUGCUUGCUGUUGCAAAUGUCUUUGUGUGACUUAGUUUUCUAGUGGUGCUGAAACCUGGUUCCCUUGGAGAGCAGUAACUCCUCAGGGACAUGCAGGAUGCACAGGCAGUAUUCUAACCUGAUGAAACCAGACCAGCACACAGUGUGCCUCAGUGGCCUGCCAAAGCUGACCUGCAUGGAACCCAGGAGUUUGUUUGUGUGGGAGCUGCUGCAAUGAUGCAUGAGGCUGACCAUCUGUGCCAGCCAGACUGGGCAGCUGAGCUGUUCAUGCACAUGACAUCUGCCAGGAUGAUAUUCUAACUUCAAGCCUUGCACAUAAGGUGCAGAACUGCUCUCAUGUGUGGUUCCCAGAAGGUGUGAUGUAACCCAGACCACCAACUUGCAUCGUGCAGGAUUUUCCUCCAUCUCUGUUCAUGUGUGCAUGGCUUCCUGGUGAAACUUUUCAUUAGUUGUUUAAAAGGUCUGUUACCCUCUGUUAAACAGGCAAACAAUUGGUGCACUACACUUCCAGUUAUUAGAACUGCAGUGUUUCAGCUUGACCCAUACGCAUAUACAGUGUUAUCAUCCAGUGUUACCACAUUGGUUGGUGGUGUUCUUUUUACCAGACGUGUAAUCAAUAAAAAGGACUUUUCUGUUUGCCCUUUUGGUGUCUUUGAGAUUUUCUGCUUCCCCUCAGUGUUUGUAAACAUGGUAAGAUAUUUCAGGAGAAAGGGAAAGGAUUUUUUUUUUCCUUCUAAAACAUUAGAGAUGAAUGAAUGGUCUUAAAUUUGACAAGUUGUAUGUUCAGACACAUAACUGAGAAAUGGCAAAUUGUUUAAUUUAAUGAAAUUGUGUAGCUGUUUAAGUGACUAUUCCCUUAAGUGCUAUGUUAAAAAUCAUCUGUAUGCGGUACAAGAAAUUUGAAUCACAAAUGUAAGUGAUGUUGUCUUCACAAAGAUUGAUGCAAAGAAAAAAAUAAAUUUUUUAUUGCUUUA